UGGCGGCGACGCAGCUCACGUUCCAGCGCGUCAUGAGGCGUCUGCGCAUAGACACAAAGAGGCUAGAUUGGCCCCUCCCCCCUUUUUUCACGGCGGACUUAGCAGCCAUCUUGAAGCGGUCGACCGUCCAAACACAGAGUGGGACUCGGUGACAAUAAUAAAGCUUGUCGAUGGAAAAUGCCUCAACAUUGUGCAGCCUACGAUUGUAAAAACCGGCGUACCGCACAAUCCAGACAACAGGGAAUUACCUUUCACAGGUUUCCCAAAGAGCAGAACCGUAGGAAGAAAUGGGAGGUCGCCCUCAGAAGAAAAUAUUUUAGAGCCACGGAUGAGUCUGUGCUCUGUUGUGAACACUUCAAGCCAGAGGAUUUCGACAGGACCGGUCAGACUGUCCGGCUUAGAUCUGAUGUCAUACCAUCCGUUUUCAACUUCCCAGCUCAUCUCCAAACAAAAAAAGUCAAAGCAGCCAGGACCUCUGCUACUUCAAGGAGAGCUGAAGAGAGCCUGCCAGUGGAUCUCUGUCAGGAUGCUCCUGUUGAACCAGAGGAGAGCAUGCCAGUGGAUCUCUGUCAGGAUGCUCCUGUUGAACCAGAGGAGAGCCUGCCAGUGGAUCUCUUGUCUCUCUGUCCAGAUGCUCUUGAUGGACCUGAACCCUCGCCUAAGCCUCGGCCCAAGCGUGCAAACAUCUCAGGGGUGGAAAAGGACCACACCUUUGCACUGCCCAGCUGUCCAGUGGCUCUAAAGAAGAGACUGAUUCAGGCUACAGACAAUGUGAUCACACUGGAGCGGGAGAUGAGUAAUGCAAGGAAGCGUGAACUGAGGGCAAGGAGUCAUAUGACAUAUGCCGCCAUAUAUCGACUUGUCACCAGCACACUAUCGCGGGAGAAGUCGGCUGCUAAAUGAGCUUCCACCUUCGACUACAAGUAUUGAGUUCUGCUUAUAGUAGGCAGAUAUGUGAUGUUAUAUGUUUUUGUUUGUUUUGUACAAAAAUGUUCAUAAAGGCUGAAGUGUUUCGACCAUAGUUGUCAGUGUCUGUUUUGUGCUGUAAUUAAAAUGAUAUGUAGGUAGGCAUAUACUGCAGGUUUUCCCCAGCAUGUAUUUGACACAGGUGGUCCACCUAAGAGUCUUCACCCACCACCUAAGCCAAAUUAACAUCUUAAGGCUUUUUAAGGGCAUUUUAAUGACUUUUAAGGACCAGGGACCACCUGAGCCCCCCAUAAGCUAGGGGAAACCCUGUACUCAGUGUGCAUUUUAAACAAAUUCCCUCAAGCCAUUCCCACAGCAUAGACUGUUUAAUGUAUAUUUUGGGUCUAAUGUUAAUGCUUGACUUUCUACUGAGCCAUCAUUUGAAUACUAAUGUGCGU